AUCACUCAACAUUCUUUCCUCACACUUUGGGAACCUCCCCAGGGAACGCCAGCAUGGAUGAUCCAACAGAGCCGACGCCUGGCAGCCUUCCGGCAGCACUCAUCCCUGUUUUCGUGCUUGCGGCAUCGGUGCUGGUCUUUCUCCUGAUAGGUCAAUCGGCAUGACGCCCCCGAUGCUCCGAUGGAAAGCAGUCAGCAAAGAGCCAAUCAACGGCUCAGGCUUUUGGACAAGCAGGUCCGAGCUGAGCCGUUCAGCAUGUGGCGCAACAAACAGCAGGUAGACUCGGCCAAGCGGGCCCAACGAACCCCACCAGCUGCCAACCCUGCUGCGGAGUCCAGCUUCGAUUGCCAACUUUGCGUCAUCUGUCUGGAUGUGAUCCAAGAUACUAGCCCGAUCAGAGCUCUCGCAUGUCAGCAUAUUUACCACAAGGCGUGUUUUGACAAGUGGUUCAAGCGGGAUCAUGACGUGUGUCCCCUAUGUCAGAGACAAGUGCUGUACGAUAAAGCCCGCGAAGUUUCCGUGUAGCAGGACUGAUACGGAACUCCUCGUAAUGGAUUUUCGUGACCACGAUAUA